AUAAUUUAGAGGUUAAAAGAAUAAAUCUUUGGAGUAAGCUACAAUAUUAUUAUACAUUUACGUCGAAAAUAAUUAUAAAUAUAAACUCAACUAGCAUGCCCAGGGUCAACAACGACUUCCGCUGGAAAACACCUACGCAAGCAAAUAUUGAACAUUUUUAUGGUGCCGCCCUUGGAAGAGUAAAGAGUGGAGACUUUUCAAUUUUUUACCAGCCGAGAGAAGUCUUUUGGGGAAGCUAAAGGACUUCCACUUCUUUAUCCAUUCAAAUUACAGACGUUUGGAAUAUCUCAUACCCUGCCUCCGUCCAAGCUCCGAUCAUGGUUGCCUUCAACUUCAUGAAAAUCAAACAUUUCCUGUUUCCAAAUCCCCACUUCCUCUUUUGUCUCUUAACAAUAACCAUUUUCUUACUUCUAUCCCCUUUAACAACUGCCAUAUCCUUCAGCUUCACCAAUUUCAGUUCUAGGGACAUCACGAGUAAUAUAACAUUUGAGAGAGCCUACGCCGACAGUGGAGUUAUCCAACUCACCAGCAACAAGGACGAAAGCAUGGUCGUGGGUCGCGCUACAUAUUCCAGUCCCAUGCACCUAUGGGACAAGGCCUCCAGAAACCUCACCGAUUUCACUACCCAUUUUUCUUUCGUCAUCGAUGCCAAAAAUAAAACUGUAUAUGGAGAUGGGCUUGCGUUCUUCCUAGCACCUGAUGGUUCAAAGAUUCCCGAUGGCGUCACAGACGGGGACUCCAUGGCUCUUGCUCCCAAUGGCCAGUCGCUAAACAGCACGAACAAUCAAUUUAUCGCCGUGGAGUUCGAUAUCUUUAAAAAUGAUUGGGAUCCGCAGGGCGAACAUGUAGGUAUUGACAUCAAAUCCAUGAAAUCUGAUGUAUAUGAGUUGUGGCAGAGUAGUAUCUCAAUUAGGGAAGGGAAAAAAAAUGAAGCUUGGAUUAAUUAUAAUUCUACCACUCAUAAUUUAAGCGUUGUCUUUACUGGUUUUGAAAACAAUGUUACUGUAAGGCAGUUUCUUUCUGGAAUUGUUGACUUGAGAGAUCACCUGCCCGAAAGGGUUACCUUUGGAUUCUCAGCCGCAACAGGAUAUAGAUCUGCAAUGCAUACUAUUUACUCAUGGGAUUUCAACUCCAGUUUGGAAAUUGAUGAUACCAACACUAAAAAAACAGUGACAGGUGUUCCAUCUCCAAGCCCCAAUCUAGCCCCGAUACCGAGGAAGAAGAACAAGUUAGGAUUAGCCGUGGGGUUGGGUGCUGGUGGAUUGGUUUUGGUUGCUGGGUUGGCUUCGGUUUUGUUGGUAUUGUGGAAGAAGAAUAGGAGGGAUAAAGAAGAAGAUCGUGCCUUUGUUGAGUACAUGGACGGCGAAUUCCAAAAGGGAACAGGGCCAAAAAGGUUCUCAUUCAGGGAAUUAGCUCGUGCCACGAAUAAUUUUAGGGAUGACGAAAAGCUAGGCCAGGGAGGAUUUGGUGGCGUUUAUAAAGGAUUUUUAAGUGACUCAAAUAUCUUCGUUGCUAUUAAGAGGGUAUCAAAAGGGUCUAAACAGGGGAUAAAGGAGUAUGCAGCAGAAGUAAAAAUCAUCAGUCGAUUGAGACAUAGGAAUUUAGUGCAACUCAUUGGUUGGUGCCACGAAAGAAGAGAACUCCUACUUGUUUAUGAGUUCAUGCCAAAUGGAAGCUUAGAUUCUCAUCUUUUUAAAGAAGAAAGGUUGUUGAUGUGGGAAGCGAGGUACAAAAUAGCUCAAGGCUUGGCAUCUUCCUUGCUUUACCUGCACGAAGGAUGGGAGCAAUGUGUGGUGCAUAGGGACAUAAAAUCUAGCAACAUUAUGCUUGAUUCAAACUUCAAUGCUAAACUUGGGGAUUUUGGCUUAGCUAGGCUUGUGGACCAUGCCAAAGGGUCACAAACUACCGUUUUGGCUGGUACUUUUGGCUACAUGGCUCCUGAAUGUGUCACCACUGGCAAGGCGAGUAAGGAAUCAGAUGUGUAUAGUUUUGGAAUUGUAGCUCUGGAGAUAGCUUGUGGAAGGAAACCAAUCAACCCUAAGGCCCCUGAAGAUCAAGUUGUUUUGGUGGAGUGGGUUUGGGAGCUUUAUGGAAAAGGAGAGGUGCUUGGAGCAGCUGACCCAAGGUUGGGCAGAGACUUUGAUGGGGAGCAAAUGGAGCGCUUGAUAAUUGUUGGGAUGUGGUGUGCUCACCCUGAUCGCAACCUUAGGCCUUCAAUUAAGCAAGCAAUUCAUGUUUUCAACUUUGAAGCUCCAUUGCCUAUUCUCCCCUCAAGUAUUCCUGGGCCAGUAUAUCUUCCUCCAACAGUGAAUAGAUCUUCAAUGCCACUUUCGAAGUCCGAUGCUGCUACCAGUUCUGAGAGCGAAGAAACCCGAUAUUCAAUCUAUAGUCAGAACACUAAUUCCUCACAGUUCACCUCAUCUUCUACUGCAGAGGCAUCACUUUUGCAUUCGUGCUAAGUUGGUUAGAGGUAAAUUUAUUUGUAUUUUGAGAUUCUAAUUCAUUGAUUAGCUGUUCAAUUUUCCAUCUUGUACUAUUUUUUUUUUACUUCAGUAUACAUCUACAUUGUAAAUAUACUUGUCAUUUGCUUUCUACCUGUGAUUUGCGUAUUAUAUUGUACUCGUACGAACAAUCUAAUAGCCCCGAACUGCGCACCUGGGAUGGAUUUAACAUCGUUUCAAGGAAAAGAAUGUGUUAUCAUAUCAUUCCAUCAUUAGUAAGAGCAUGAUUGUUUUA